UGGAUGGUAUCGGUAUGCGAUGCAGGAAAUUGUUAUUUGGCAACAACAGCGCACAACAAUACCAAUUACCAACACAAAGCACCGCUCAUUGAAUAGUUCCCGGUAGUGAGACACCAAAUGAUCAUAUUGCUGACGUAAACCAAACAUUUUUACGGAAAUAUAAGAAUUUCACAUGAAAAAAAUGACUUGAGACAGUUUGUUUUUCACGGGCAACUGGCGUUGAAAAUGGUGGUCACUUCAACAAUGUCAGAGAGGGAAAAUAGGUUAACGCCCGUUUGUGUUCUAUGUUUGGGUCGCGGGUGAAAUAAACUCAGAUGAGUCUAUUUUGAAAACACAAAUUAAUUUCCAGCGUGCUUCGUUUUUCUAUCUUUUAUUAGUAUAAAUCUACUGGCGUUCUUUCACUUGUGUCCGCAAGUCAUUGUUCUCAGAAAUUUUUAAUACGGUUACCACUAUCUGUAAAGCAAAAUAUAAAAAUCUAAACUACACUGUUAACUACAAAUGACACUCAUUGUCCAAUGCUUUCGGUGAUUUUGUAAAACUUUACUCCUCUUUGCUGAAAAAUUCCACAUAUUAUGGCCCUGGGCUCAGGCGUCUGAAAAUCCACUUAUCUGGAUUUUGUGGUUUGUGCGUAGCACUGUUCACGGGGUGUAAUUCAUGAAUGCAACGUUUCUUAUUCUUUAAUUUAUUGGGACUAUUAUUCUGUGAAAUCUCUUUCAUGCAAUCUAAAAAUAGCCCGAGAAAGAGAUGGUGGGAAUAUACAGAAAAAAAAUGUAUGAAGAUUGAUUGAAAUAUGAAAGUUAUUAAAAUUUAGAAUAAGAGACUUCAGUAAACAAUUGCUAGAUAACAGCGAAAUAGAGUGCUUUCAUACAGCACAUGGUUUUCUCCUUUGGUGGUGGUCUCAAUCUGGUGGUGUAGAUUAAUUCCUUGUUAGUAAAAUGGCCGCAAGAUAGUGAAAUAGCUCGUUUCCUUUCGUUUUUUUUUCGUUAAUCGUCGCCGCUCUUCUGGGCUUGGUAAAGGAUGAUCCCCUUACCAGAAAAGGGAACGGUCGACGGCUAACACCGAAAGUAUUCAAGUUUUAUUUUCCGCAGAAAACAGAAAAAAACUUCAAAACACCGCACGAGUAAAAAUGAAGUAAAAUAAAGUUCAAAUGCACGGACUGGAAUGAAAAUAUGUCCACCAGAUUAUUCCCUAUAACAAAGCAGUCGAAACCAAUUAACAAUAUAGCGAGAAAGGCUUAUUGUUUGCCAUCCCAUACAUUACUUUUUAAAGUCGUUUUGUUUUCGACCGAACGGGAGUGAAACGGGCGCUGCAUGUGUUAUGUUCAUGCUGUUUGCUACAAUUACUCAUUAUUAGGUUUGCUGUCAAAAUAUAACCUGUUCUCAGUCGGUUUGAAAGAAAGAUACUUAUCAAGAACUGUCGCAUGUUAUCCAUGGCUACUAUCAUAGAAUUAAACGUGGUUUCUGUUCUUUUUUCUCUAAUAUAGAUUACAUCUUGCCUGAGAUAAAAACACCUGUAUAGAGAAGUCCCGGAGAAAUUAUUCUCUCAUUCGUUAAUUUAGCUGGCAACUAGCUUAUCAAAGGGAACUUCAAAACAACUUUAACCUUUGUUAAAUUUUUCAUUAUGUACAAAAUAUAAAUAUUAUAGGCGAUCGGACUAUUUUUGUUUUCCAAUAUGUCGAAACGCGGUCGGUUGGUUCAACUUAAUUAUUGGAAAAAGAAAUCUGGCCUCCUUGCUGACUCGGGGCAGGUUUUUCAUUGGCACGGAACCAAAUUUCUGACCAUUACUAAAACAGAUUUCCUUUUUAAUUGUAAAUAAUAAAUUCGAUUUUUUAUUAUUGAAAUAUUCUGAUUGUUUGUAUCCGCCUAACUAUCUGUUUCUCUCAUUAUUUGGUGCCCGAAUUUCAAUCAGUUUUAUUUACCUAGUAAGUGAAUAUUUCCACGGAGCGACGCGCUUUGUAGCAAAUCAAUGCGGCGUGACGAGCAGCGACUGACAGAUUGUUUGCCAUUUGGAGUACUUAAAGAACUGUUUAAAGCAUGGUUCUUUACCAACUGGAGAGUUCGCUGCGGGGCUGGUUUAAUUAAACCACAACUUUGAAGUUUUAAUUUAAACAUGAAUACAGUAAAGUUGGGGCAUUGUGAAUGGCCUAUCUUUGGAAUCUUUUCCGACUUUGUUUCGAAUUUGGACGUUCUCAGAACUGCACCAAGACAUGAAAAAACAGCAGUAGAUCAUACUUCUUGUAGCUCAUCGAACCCAAGUCUAUCUCGGUAAAGGAAAUGAUCUAAAUGGCCGCUUCUACGGUUUGCUUAAGAAGUCCUUCAUGAUGCCAGGAUUGAUUUCUCGGAGUUGGUAUCUGCAAUCGCCUUCAUUCUAAAUUGUAAAUUGAAAAUCAAUUUCCUCCUCCGUGCUACUCCAAGCAGUAUCAUGCGUCACUUGAAUAUUUUAUUUAGUUUCGCCGAUCUUCACACUUUUUAUUAUUUGGUAAUCUUGACGCACCUGUUUGGGCGACCUCAACAAGUUGCAGGCUCGAAGCAAGCCAGGGUUUUCAAACCUGCAGACAUACUGUUAGGUGGCCUCUUUCCAGUUCACAAGUCAGCUGUAAACGAUGACUCUUGUGCACCGCUAUUCAAGGAAGGCGUCGUUUUAACCGAAGCAAUGAUCUACGCUGUAAAGUAUGUCAACGAAAACAAGCUACUCCCUCACGAUAUCUCUAUGGGCUACGAUAUUCGCGACACUUGUAGCAAAGUGUUAACUGCCUUGAAAACAUCUCUGUAUUUUGUUAACGGAAGGAAAGUCUUGAGUGAACAAAACUGGAAUUCCACAACCGGGAAUGUGAUGAUGCCGACAGCUGCGAAUAAACAACCGAUUACAGUUUUGGGCGCUGGAAACAGUGUCAUCUCAUCGGCAGUUAAUAACAUUCUAAGUAUUUUUAGGGUGCCACAAAUCGGCUAUGCUUCGACUUCGCGACUUCUGAGCAACAAAAAUCGUUAUCCAACCUUUUUAAGAACGGUCCCCCCGGAUUCGCAUCAAGGAAGAGCCAUAGCGAGGAUCGUGUCACACUUUGGGUGGAAUUAUGUAGCCUUGUUAGCCUCAGACGACAUUUACGGUCGGCCUUUGGCAGAGACAUUCAAAACCGAAGCUAAAAAGUUUGGAGUUUGUUUGGCAGUUGAUAUUUUAAUACCUUAUGACCCUAGCGAGGAGACCAUAAGGAAAACAGUGGGAAAACUUCGCCAGAACAAAAGUAUUGAAGUUAUUUUACUCUUUACUUCUGAACGUGAAGCUGGUGAAAUACUUUACCAGGCUGCACAACAGGAUGUUACUCAAAAGAUAUGGAUCGGAAGUGAUUCUUGGGCUGACUCGCCGAAAAUUGCCGAAGAUAACGCGGACAUUGUCGAAGGCAUGUUCCGAAUAAUCAAUCAGCCGACGGUUGUACCUGACUUUAUGGAAUAUUUUUACCAGCUUAACCCGUUCAACAAUGAUCACAGUUCUUGGUUUCUUGAGUUCUGGCAGGAAAUAUUUCAGUGUAACAUGUCCGAGAAGAAUUUUACAUCCCCGAACGGAGAUCGCGCUCCGUUUAUAGCGAAAACCUGCAGCGGAGAAGAACGACUUGCUGAAAAGCUCAUCAAAACAGAUGCAGUUUUUUCUCGCGUAUCCUACGUGUUAGAUGCAGUGCUCUCAGUUGUUUAUUCGGUUCGAAAAAUAUGUGGCUCUGACUUUGCAACCAGAACGAAUGGAGACAUGUCACGCAGGGAAACUUGCAUUAACAGAGUCACGCCUUCCUCAGUUUUGUCACAAAUCUUUAACAUUACGUUCACCAGCGUGACCAAUAGAACUGUAUCAUUCGACAAAAAUGGCGACGGUGUUGGACGCUAUGACAUCAUUAACCUUCAAGGAAAAAAUCGACAUAACGCAACCUUUCUGAAGAUUGGCGAAUAUGACGGCAAAACAGGGUUGCUAAAAAUAGAUAGUCACAGAAUCCACUGGCCGGGAGGCGUCACGUCUCCUCCCAUAGGCCGCUGCAGCUUGGAAUGUCCACCUGGUACUUUUAAGAUAGUUAUGAAACCCCUAUGUUGCUGGGAAUGCAAGGUAUGUCCAAGUGGUAGCAUCAGCAAUGCGUCAGGCGUCUCCACUUGUACCCAGUGCCACGCGGACACAAUUCCAAACGACAAUAAAACCAAGUGUAUUGCUGUUCCAACAAGGUUUCUUCGCUGGGACAGCGUGUGGGCCUGGGUUCUAAGCGGUACAACGAUUCUUUGCGUGCUGGCGUGUGUUUUCACUGCUGGUGUAUUUCUUCGCCACAAGGAAACUCCCAUUGUAAAGGCGGCCAAUAGAGAAAUAAGUUUUCUGUUACUGUUUGGGUUAAUGAUAGGAUUUUUGGUUCCUUUUGCGUACAUCGGGAAACCGACGGACACCAGUUGCAAAAUACAGAUCAUUCUGUUCGGAGCGAGUUUUGCAUUUUCGCUGUCGAUAGUGUUAGCUAGAAUUAACCGAACUAUUGUCGUAUUCAGAUAUAGCAAAGUCACACCAAAGAGUCAAUCAAAAUUUUUGAAGAAAUACUUGAGUAUGUUUCUAUACAACAGAACCCAAAUAAUGCUUGCAUUGUUUUUCACUGUUAUCGAACUUCUACUAUGUGUCGCAUGGUUAUUGUCAAGUCCACCGCGGGUCACUGCUCGCCGGCUCACUCUGACAGAAAGACUGUUGAUGUGUGAGACGAGGACAAGCUUUGGGCAAAUCAUCUCAAAUGCUUUCAUCAUCUUCCUCAGCCUGCUUUGCACGUUUGUGGCUUUCAAGUCGAGGAAACUGCCUCAGAAUUAUAACGAAGCGAAGUUUAUUAGUUUCGCCAUGUUCGUAUUUAACUUCAUUUGGUUGACGUUUGUUGGUGCAUUCUACGGAACUCCUGAUGGCCAUCACAAUGUUAUUAUCAGCUGCUUCGCAAUUCUAGCAUCCAACUUUGCCAUUUUGGCCCUGAUAUUUGGCCCCAAGCUGCACAUUAUUCUUUUUCGCCCAGCGUUGAACCAAAUGACUGUAUUUAGAGCUCUUACUGCGCAGUAUACUUUCAGAUCAAGCCGCAGAAGUUCAGCCAUUACUUCCGAUAUGAUGGGAAGCUCUUGCGUUCUGAAAGAAAAUAAAUGUGUGCAGACGUCUGUUACAAUGACAGAGGAACAUGCCAGCGAUAAAGUUGUCAAUGGCCUUGCAAUAGGUCCAGCUCAUGCGUGCAAAGGGACUACUCUUAGGAGGGUAAUGAGACCAGAAACUAUAGGAAACAAAGCAGACUACAUGGCGCGGUCUAAAUGGGGAAAGGUUGGAGGUCUUAUCGCGAAGACUGUGUCAGACUCCGCUCUUAAUAAAUUGGGGGAGAAAGCUAAAGCGCCAGGCUUAGACAUCGAAAGAACCAGAAGAGCAUCGACUAUUGAAGAAACGAGCAAAUUACUGACUGGAAAAGUAGAGAGAGAAAAAGGCUCACUAAUUCGAAACUCAAGUUUGAAUCACUUAAAAUGCCGCCCGUUAACGCCUAUAGAGGAAUCAAAGGCCGUCCCAGAAUGUGUGCUUUCUUCACAAAUGAAAAAUUCACUCAUUCAGAGGACAGAACAGAAUAAUUUUCUAUCCAAAGGCCAAAAACUGGAAAGCGAGGUUUAAGCGGAAUAUACCACUGUUAGGUAAAAUGGAUAUUCAGAACUCGUUCUUUCUAAAAUGUAAUUGCGUCCAAGCGCUGUUUUCCGAGUGCUUGACAGGUUCACUUGCCCUUAUUGAUUGAAAUUAUGGAAUGUUUGCUUUCAUUGGUUCAAGCUGUUCAAGUGGUACAAGAUUAAUAACUUAACCACAGGCAGUUCUAAUGAAAGAAAACUCAAACCAAAUACCGAUUAUUUCUUUUGACUUUUUCUCGAUGUAUUAUAAAGGGCCGACAGAAACGAAAAUCGAAAUGGUCAAGCUGUUCUCAGUGCUGUCAAUUUUCUCUAGAGCCCAGUCCACGCCAGGGAUCUAGAGGUGAUAUUUCAGAUAAGUGUAAAGGGACUAUCGGAGUACUUAGUUUUUGGAUUCUACCAUGUUACCCUGCGACGUAAAUUAUAAUUUUAUUUAUUUAAUUUAAUUUAUUCAAUUGUCACUGCGAUUA